CAGUUAGUUUUUGUAAUCAGAAGCAAGCCCUCUCCUCCUCUUCUUCCUCCUCCUCCCUCCCCUCGAGCGCACUCGGAUCUGGCUGCUCCUAGUCUCAGCAAUCACAAGCAAGUCCGAGAAAUUCCCCCAAGCUCCCAUGAUGCCUCUCACUGCUCUCCAUCUCUAACCAGAAAUUCCUCAAGGCGGCGGCUCUAGAUCUGUCCUGCAGCUGCCCGCCUCAGUCCCCACCACAGGCGCGUCGCCGUUCCCGAUCUUCAUCGUCGGGACACCGCGGCGCGCUCCUGCUGUUUCUCCGCCCCGUCCGGCGGUCUCUCCGGCCAUUGAGGGUUCGAGCUUCGAGAUGCAGAGUGGGGGUGAGAUGAGGCCCGUGCACAACAGCGUUGACACGGUGAACGCGGCUGCUGCCGCCAUUAUUUCGGCCGAGAGCCGCGCCCUGCCUACGGAUGAGCCGAGAAGGAAAUGGGCUGAUUGGUUGAGCGCGUACUUUUGCUUUGGAUCUCAAAAGAAUGGCCGGCGCAUCAGCCAUGCUGUCCUUGUCCCUGAACCUGCAUCUCAGAGAAUAGAUGCAACGGUGCCAGAAAUUCCAAAUCAUCAACCUCCUCCGGUAUUCCCCUUUGUUGCACCUCCAUCAUCUCCGGCUUCUUUCCUCCAAUCAGGAUCUGCAUCUAUUGUACAAUCACCGAUGGGUGCUCCAUCUUUUUCGCCACGUUCGCCAAAUUCUCCGUCACCCUCAGGGACUCCAUCCAUCUUUGCCACUGGGCCAUAUGCACAUGAGACACAAUUGGUCUCACCUCCAGUCUUCUCAGCCUUCACAACUGAACCUUCAACAGCUCCUUUCACCCCCCCACCAGAGUCUGUCCAUCUGACAACCCCUUCUUCCCCUGAGGUGCCAUAUGCAAAACUUCUGACUUCACUCAACAGCAGCAAGAAUGGUGAAAGGGGUGAACUUCACCCGUACCAUAUUUACCCUGAGAGUCCAAUAGGGCGUCUCAUAUCUCCAAGUUCAGUUUGCUCUGGCACUUCCUCCCCGUUCCCUGACCCUGAGUUGCAGACUUCCUCACAUUGCACUUUCCCCUCCUUCCCAGUUCGUGAGCCACCGAAGAUCCUGGAUGGCGAGGGCAUUGCUACACAGAAGUUGAUACCUCGUCAUAUGCGGAAUGGUGGCUCCCUUUUGGAUGGCCAUAUUACAGCAGCAGUACCUGUUGUAGACUUCUCUGCGCGACUUCAAAGCAAUGAUCAUGCUAUGGAUCACCGGGUUUCGUUUGAGUUGACAGUUGAAGAUGUUGCCCGCUGCUUGGAGAAGAAAACCGCAAUUUCUGGAGAUUCUGCUCAAUCAUCUUUUCACCUUUUACCCACCAGUAACGGUGAUCACUCCAGAGAAUCCAAUGAAACAAGAGCAGGGCUAUAUGUUGACGAAACAUACCAUGACCUGCCUGAGAAAGCACGGCGCUCCCUCUCCCUUCGACUGGCCAAAGAGUUCAAGUUCAACAACAUUGAUGGUGCUCAUGUGGAGGAGACGGGCGCGCUCGGCUCUGACUGGUGGGCAAACGACAAAGUUGCUGCAAUCACAACGGAGCCAAGAAAGAGCUGGUCCUUCCGCCCAAUGGCACAGCCAGGAGUCAGCUAACCGCUGCACUGACCAUCAUAACCUUAAAGAAAGAAAUCAGCCUUUUUCCUUCUUUUGCUCCUGCAACAGUGCUCGCAUUCCUCAUACAUCAUUUUAACUGCAGGAGAUACCAAACCUAUGGGAACUUCCAGGUUUAGUGGUAAAGUUGAAGUUAGAUAGUUAUUCAGUGUCCAGCUAAUCAUCUCGUAAGAUACCAAAGGUGAUGCAGAUUCUGGAACCUCUCUUUGUGUUGUUAUAAAAACAGCAAAUACUUUACCGGCGUAGCGUCUGUUGUAAUCGUCUUUAACCGACUUGAUGUUCCUGUACUGAUGCUGUUUAUGUACAUAAUAAACUAGCGAAAAGGGCAGAACUCUCUCCUUUCAGCAGCGUUGCCAGAUGGAGCAAUCAGUGACUUUGGAAGUACUAUUGUGAUAUUCAUCUCGGAUGAGCAAGUACCUAAUUGGUUUC